ACAAGCGGUCCAGCAGAGUCCGUCAGAGCGUCGGAGCAGGUGACAGACGAUGAAGGCAGAGUGAGGGACACUCACAGCUCACCUGACGGCCGUCACGCGGGCAUAAAACACUGCGGACACGUUGGGCUCAGACCAGCCUUUACGGUUCCCUCACCAGCGACCACGUGUUUGGCUACUCAUUUUUUUUUUUUUUUUUGGAUAAAAACGUCAUCGAACUUGAGAGUAUGCUGUUUUGGCACCGCCAUCCUGAAACCUACCAACAGCACGCGCAAAAUAAUUUUAUAAGAGAUGCUCUUGCUCCGUUUCUCAAGCAUGAAGAGGAGCAGCAGUCCACAGAGAUCCGAGUGUCUCCUUUUCAUUACGUGCUUUGUGCAGCCACAUCUCCAGCUGUCAAACUCCAGGAGGAAACACUCACAUAUCUGAAUCAAGGUCAGUCCUAUGAAAUCCGUAUGCUUAACAGGAAACUAGUGGAGUAUACAGAUAUAAGCAGUAAACACAUAAAGAGUAUUGUGCGUGUAGUUUUCCAUGACCGGCGGCUGCAGUACACAGAGCAUCAGCAGCUGGAGGGAUGGAGGUGGAACCGACCAGGAGACAGAAUCUUGGAUAUAGAUAUCCCAUUGUCAGUGGGCAUAAUAGAGCCUCGAGCCCACCCACUGCAGCUCAACACCAUAGAGUUUCUCUGGGAUCCUGACAAAAAUGCCUCCGUGUUCAUUCAGGUUAACUGCAUUAGCACUGAGUUCACUCCUAGAAAACACGGUGGAGAGAAGGGUGUCCCCUUCCGCAUUCAGAUAGACACCUUUGCAGCCGGCGAGCAUGGAGAAUACACUGAACACAUGCUCUCUGCCAGCUGCCAGGUCAAAGUCUUCAAGCCAAAAGGUGCAGAUCGCAAGCUCAAGACUGACAGAGAGAAGACUGAGAAAAAGAGUCCUCAGGAUAGAGAAAAAUAUCAACCAUCCUAUAAAACGACAGUGCUGACUGAGUGCUCCCCUUGGCCUGAAGCCCCAUCAGUCAGCAGAACAAGCAACACUCCAUCUCCUGGUUAUAACAGCACCCACACUUCUUACAGCUUCCCAGAGGAAAACUGCUCUCCAGACCAGCAGGAGGAGCUACAUUUGCCCAGCUGUUCUGAUCACCUGUUGCCAUCGUCAUCCAUGCAGGAUACGCAGCAUUGGCUCCAUAGUAAUAGGUUCUCCUCUUUCUGCAGGCUCUUCUCUGGCUUCUCAGGUUCUGAUCUGCUUAAAAUGAGUAGAGAAGAUUUGAUUCAGAUCUGUGGUCCUGCAGACGGCAUCCGUCUUUUCAAUGCAAUCAAAGGAAGGUGUAUACAACCUCGUCUCACCAUCUAUGUAUCCCAGCUACAGAACAGGAACCAACUGCACACCAAAACAGCUGGUGAGGAUGUGUACCAUGCUCUCUACCUAGAGGACCUAACUGUCCUUGAGCUCACUGAGAAGAUAGCCAAUCUAUAUAAUGUUCCCUCACAGCAAAUACUUUGCGUAUACAGACAGGGGCCGACGGGGAUCCACGUCUUGGUCUCAGAUGAGAUGGUGCAGAAUUUUACAGAAGAGUCUAGCUUCAUUAUCAGCACUAUGAAAGAUGAAUGUAAUGAUGGCUACCAUGUUGUGCUGAAGUGACCUGAGACUACUGGAGCAUUGCAGGUGCCUUUGGCUGAUUUUCACAAUACUGGACUGUUUCGAAGUUAAACAUCACCUGGAGGAAUGUGAGCUGAACGAAUGUGGAUACUUUUUUGUAUGAUGUAGAUGACUGUUGUGUAUUUUAAAGAGAGAAUGUUGUGAAAGGUUAUCUUAAAACGAAUUAAAAUAUGAAUUAUUUUAUAUUUUAUGUAAGUCAUGUUUGUUUUAUAAAUUUCAGUUUUAAAGUAAUUAUUUUUAUCAUAUUACAUUGGUAUUGUAACAUUCCUUUGUUUUAUUAUUACAUACAAAAUAGCAAAAUACAUUACUUACUGUGCAGAUGACCGUAGCGAAAAAAAAAACACAAAA